CCAUCUCGUGUUCCUGGUGAGGACGAUUGCACAAAACCCUAGAAGCAAACAACGAAAAUGGAACGAUCUAGCCGGAAACACAGGGAUUCCGAUCGGGAAAGGGAUAAAGAUUUAAGCAAAGACUACAAGCAUCGAAGCAGCAAACACAACGAUGACCAUCACCGCUCGAAACACGAUAAACACCGUGACACUGAUGGAGAUGAUCGACGUCGGAGGUCUGAACGCGAGAGAUCCGAAGAUGGUGAAGAUCGGGUUAAGCGUGAGAGGUCAUAUGAUAGAGAAGGUAGCAAGGAUAGGGAAUUGAGAGAGAAAUCGGUGGAUAACAAGCGGUAUCACAAGAGGAAAGAGAGAGGGGGGGAGAGUGAUGAGGAGGAUCGGUAUUACGAAGCACGCGAUAAACGGAUUAGGGUUUCGGAUGAGAGGAAGGAGAGGCGGCGGUUUGAGGAUAAAGUUGCCGCUGCUGAGGAUGAAAGAGAUAGGGAAGAGAGAAAAGAGAGGAGGAAAUUUGAGGAUAGAGUUAAGAAGGAAGAUAUCGAUGUUGUUGAUGAUGAUGAAGAUCAGUUGCCAGAAGGGAAUUUGAAUGGGGUACUGAAGAGUGAACCUAAAGAUGAAUCAUACGGUGGUUCCAAUGCCAAUGGCGGGGCACUGGGAUCACGUAUUAAGGCAUUUGGAACCCCACAUCAGUCCCCGUUGGCACCCAGCCACCCUCCCUCUAAGGUAUCUUCAAUUUCUACCAAACAUGAAAAUGAAGGAGUUAAUAGUAACAGAUCUCAUGAGGUUCCUGGGAAAUCCAGUACAGAUGGGAGUUCUGCAGAUGCUGGCAAGAGUGGAGGCAUCUCUCUCGAUGCCUUAUCUAAGGCAAAGGCAACUUUGCUGAAGCGAAAGGAGCUUGCUGAGAAGAUGAAGAAGAUCCCUAUGUUAAACAAGGCUGCUGGCUUAAGCACAGAAAGAAGUGGUCAGAUGUCUACAAAAGAGGGCCUGAAAGCUCCAUCUAGUUCAGGAAUACUCCCCGCCCCUCCUCAGUCUGUGAGCUCUGGUGCUGGUACACCUACAGUUGCACAUAACUUGUUCUCUGGUGCCACUGCUUCUAUGCAGCAACUUGGUACUGGUCUGCCUCAACUUGCAGGACUUACUGCACCGAAGUUUGAAGCUGUAAAACGUGCACAAGAGCUGGCUGCCAAAAUGGGAUUUAGACAGGACCCAGAGUUUGCUCCACUUAUAAACAUGUUCCCUGGGCAGAUGCCGCCAGAGGUUACUGUUCAACCCAAGCCUGCCAAGGCUCCCGUCCUUCGUUUGGAUGCAUUGGGAAGGGAAAUAGAUGAACAUGGGAAUGUGGUGAAUAUACCAAAAUUAAACAACCUGAGCACCCUUAAGGUUAACAUUAACAAGCAGAAAAAAGAUGCAUUCCAGAUUCUGAAACCUGAAUUAGAAGUUGAUCCAGAUAAAAAUCCACACUUUGAUCCUCGAAUGGGAAUAGAUAAAACCAAACUCUUAAGGCCUAAAAAGAUGACCUUUCAGUUUGUAGAGGAAGGCAAAUGGUCUAAGGAGGCAGAGAUCAUUAAGUUGAAGAGUCAAUUUGGAGAAGCACAAGCAAGAGAGUUCAAAGCAAAGCAAGCACAGCUUGCUAAGGCCAAGGCUGAACCUGAUAUUAAUCCAAAUCUUAUAGAGGUCUCAGAGAGAAUCAUCACUAAAGAAAAGCCGAAGGACCCCAUUCCUGAUGUUGAGUGGUGGGAUGUUCCUCUUCUGGAUUCUGGUACUUAUGGAAACAUCACCGAAGGUGGCUUAGCUGAAGAUAUACUAAAAAAGGAGAAGAUUACCUUAUAUGUGGAACACCCUCGUCCUAUUGAACCUCCAGCUGAACCAGCUCCACCCCCACCUCAACCCCUGAAGCUUACCCAGAAAGAACGCAAGAAACUCCGCACUCAGAGGCGUCUUGCCACAGAGAAGAACAGGCAAGAAAUGAUCAGGCAAGGCCUGCUAGAACCUCCAAAACCUAAAGUCAAAAUGAGCAAUCUCAUGAAAGUUCUUGGCUCAGAGGCUACCCAGGACCCAACUAGGCUUGAGAUGGAGAUCAGAAGCGCUGCAGCCGAACGUGAACAAGCUCAUGUUGACAGGAAUAUUGCACGUAAACUAACUCCAGCUGAAAGGCGUGAAAAGAAAGAAAGGAAACUUUUCGAUGACAACAAUACCCUUGAGACAAUCGUUUCUGUGUACAAAAUUAAUGACCUUUCACAUCCUCAGACAAGGUUCAAGGUUGAUGUUAAUGCCCAAGAGAACCGGCUGACAGGCUGUGCGGUUAUCUCAGAGGGUAUAUGUGUUGUGGUGGUUGAAGGUGGUAGCAAAUCCAUAAAACGCUAUCAGAAGUUGAUGCUAAAACGUAUAAACUGGGCUGCUGCCGUGAAAGAAGAGAGUCAGGAUGAAGACGAUGACGAGGAGAAACCAAAGAACAACUGUGUGUUGGUGUGGCAAGGUAGCGUUGCGAAAUCAAGUUUCCAUAGGUUUACGGUGCAUGAGUGCAGGACUGAAAACGCUGCUCGGAAGGUGCUUUCUGAUGCUGGGGUUGGUCACUACUGGGAUUUAUCAGUUAACUUUUCAGACGAGUGGUGAUUCGGGUCUAAUUCACUGCAGAGUUCCUUAUCUCGGGUAUGUCCUUUUUACCUUUGUGUGGCUGGUGAGUGGUGAGUAUACAUUUAGUAAAGCGCGCAAUUGUUGAAGGUGGAAAACUGAAAGAGAUGAGAUGAGAUGAGAUGAGGGCAAUUUUCUCUUCUAAUGUUGUCGAAUAAUGGACUUAAUUGAUUUCAUAUUGUUAUCUGCUUGAAGCCAACUUGGAAGAUAUAUUAUGUGUUUCAAUUCAAGGCAUUUAGUC